CUUACAGCAGAAAGUAACGUUAGCAAUAUCAGGAUCUGUUCAAGCUUUAGCGGUCAGAGAGGUUAAUGUUGUGUGCAUCACAUUGUCACAUGAAUAGUUUAACCAAAUGACUCACUUCCUCUUUUGUGCCAGAUUUGGUCUCUGGGGUCGAGACAUACACACACAAACACACACACACUAUACAAGGACAUAUAUUGUCAACUCACAUGUUGACACACUUCUCCGAUUGCGACGCAGCUUCUUUUCUUCGUUCCGUGUUUUGCAUUCACACAGAGAGUAAACAGACACACACACAGAGUAUACACACUCGUGAGUGUGUGCACACCUGAGCAUGAGAGCCUUGUGUACUUGUUGAUCGGGCUCCACUCUACUGGGAAGGCUUUCCUCUAGGUGUUGGAGCGUGGAUGUGUAGGACACUCCACACACUCUUAACACACCAUGUCUUCAUAGAGCUCGCUUUGUGCGCAGGCGUAUCGUCAUGUUGGAACAGCUGUGUUGAUGGAGUCUUCGCGGGGGGUUGGCGGUCUUUCCCGCGAGUACAAGCUGGUAAUGCUGGGCGAGGGAGGAGUGGGUAAAAGUGCAAUCAUCAUGCAGUUUAUCAGUCACCGCUUCCCUGAGGAUCACGACCCUACUAUAGAGGACGCCUAUAAGACGCAGAUCCGCAUCGACGACGAGCCAGCAAACCUGGACAUCUUGGACACAGCGGGACAGGCUGAAUUUACAGCCAUGCGUGAUCAGUACAUGCGCGCUGGCGAAGGCUUCAUCAUUUCGUACUCCAUAACGGACCGGCGCAGCUUCCAGGAGGCUCGGCACUUCAAACAGCUGAUCUGUCGCGUGCGGCGCACCAUGGACACGCCGGUGGUGCUCGUGGGAAACAAAUCCGACCUCACACACCUGCGACAGGUGUCAGUUGAGGAGGGCAAGGAGCUGGCGAGGGAGUUCCAGUGUCCGUUUUUCGAGACGUCCGCGGCAUUCCGUUACUACAUCGACGAGGUUUUCGCCGCCCUGGUGCGACAGAUCCGUCAGCGCGAGGCCGAGGUGGUGCGCAGCGGUGAAAGAAAGACGAGACGCAGCCGCUCACUCUGGAGCCGCCUUAAAGCACCUUUCCGCAAGAAACAGCACUCCGAGCACUGAGUGGCUGAUGGGAUACCGGCGCCCUUCACGAAGAAGGAGGAGAAGGAGGAGGCGGUGUCUGUAAACCUGUUACCUCCGCCUUCUCCAGACGUGUCCGGUCAACUGUUAACCUAGAUAGUUUAUUAUCUGAUUUAUUUCGAUUAAGCACUCCGAACCGUUUGGUUAUUUUUUAUCAGAUGCCGGAACCCUACGUGCAGGACACACUUACAGCCACGGUAUAUCGGCUACUUACUGUUAUCUUUUUUAUGUGAGGACUAUAGGAGGAUCCUUCACAAUACUGUAUUUAGUGAAGCGUAUUAAACUUGACAUUAGUUACAGGGAGCGUAGCUUUCGAUGCUGACUUUUCAGGAGAACUCUAGUACCUCCGAUUCUUAACCAGCAGCAUGACGUAAGAAGGUAGCGGAGAGGAGGGUGAAGGGUAGGGAGAUGAGGUUGAGGAUUGAGAUGAAGGAAUGAGGGUCUGAAAUUGCAUUAUGUUUUUUUUUUCUCCACCAGACACUGUGGCAGGAAACGAGAACAAUUUAAACUCUACUCGCCCUUAAUUUUUCGCCUCUGUCGUAAUAAGACACUCAAUCAUCACACUGCUCACGGAUGUUCAAAAGGGUAAAUUGAGGAGAUCGGGUUAAGACGCACUGGAUUUUGCUUGCUGUUUCUAUUUAUUGUUAAUUCUAUGGUGCAUGUUGUCUGAAGUGUUUGUUUUUUUCAGUUUCCGCUCACAAGUUCACUUUCUAUGCUUUUAAUUUGAUAUGAUUUAAAAUCUCACUGAUGUCAUUUAGAAAGUCUUAUUAAAUUUACGGUGAGGGUGUGUAGCUAUGUACUUGACAGCUAGCUUGCUUUGCUAAUCGACUUGGAGAAGCCUAACAUAUAAGACAGCUAAUUCAACAACAGUAUUAAUCGAUAAACACCCUAAAAAGAGACACUAGAAAGUACAUGUUAGUUUUGUCACACUAUUGCACAAAUUCUUUCUUUGCAUAUUCCAGCGUAACUGGGGUCAGCAGAGGGUCAGCCAUAAAAGUGCCCCUGAAGCGGAUAGGGUUAGGGGACUUGCUGAAGGUGGUGAGGUUUGAACCUGGGAUCCUCUGAUUAGCACUCCAAUGCCUUUACCGCUGACUACCCCUGACUAAAGUAUCAGUAGAAGUAGCAACAGCCCUUUCUGGAAAAGAUGAUUGUUAUAUUUUAGGGGACUUACGUUUUGUUGCACUUCCUUUUUUUAAAAAAAUAGAAAAAAAAAUUUGCACCGAAGUCAAAAAGAAAAUGUGUGGGGAAAAUGAAAGUUUCAGACCCUGACAAUAUAGCUCAGAGUAAGCUUCAGGCUUUACAUUUGCUUGGUUAGAAGUUUUAGGGCGUUUAUAGCAUGUGAUGGGGAAAAGAAAGGGGUGGAGGGAGAGAGGGAGAGAGAGAAAGAGGUUUAGUUUACAGGUUGUGUCAAAUACGUGGAAGGUUGAUACAGUGCAGUAGAUUAAAGGAGUAUGUAAUGUUUUCUUUCAUGCUGGUUCUAGUUUUUCUAGUCUUUAUUCGCUUUGCUGAGUUUCGCAGGACACAUUAAAACGGCUGGAGGUAAUACAUGGUUAAUAUGUCGCACCGCUCUCUACAGGGUAUGGUGUACAGUAGAAGGAACAAUAUCACACACUGUGCGCUUAAAUAGGAAGUAGGGAGUCAUUCGGCCCGAGGCUCACUUGCAAAGUAGUGUUAUUUUUGGCGUAGAGCAGCAACACACACACAGCGCAGGAGCGAACAUUACAAGCUCUAAGAUCACGCUAUUAUUCGGGUUGGCUCUUACCGUUCAGAGUUUUAACAAAAUGAAACCAGAACGAUCAGCGUUCGUUGAAAAGACAAUGAUAAUGAUUUACACUGGAACUCGUCUCAGACGUCUCAGAGUCAUGAUGAGAGCAGUCGCAGCACGCAAUAAGACAUUUAGGGAUUAGUAAAUCUACUCGAUCUGCGCGGCUCUACCAGGGUCUUUAUGUUCACACGCAGCAGCUGUUCCUGGUGUAGUGUUAUUCUAAAUGGCGUACAAAUGUGACUCCUUUAUAGUUUUUUUUUUUUUUUUGGUUGUUGUUUUUAUCAAUGUUGUGCAAUUACUACACGUAAAAUUUAAAUGGUUUGACAUUUAUUGUUAGAGGGGUUUUUUAUGUUUGUGAGAUUUUUUUUUCUUUUCAAUUGUGUGAUCAUGAAUACUAUAUAUUUUUUUUCUUAAUUUAUUUUCAUCAGAGAUUCUUGAAUAAAAUGGACAUAGCUGAGUUUUCCCAAGUA